ACCCGGUCCCGGAUUGCACCCCCCCAGCUGCACAGACAUGACACAGACACACAGUCACUGCAGCUGCCGAGCGAGCCCGACGCUCUAGGCACGCGGCGGCUGCCGGACUAUCCGGGAGCUCGGACCCCAGCGCCCGCCAGCGCGCUCCCACGCGGCUCCCCGCACAGAGGUUCUCGCUCGGCCUCGCGCGGGAAGCGGGGAUCGCGCUCCCUAGGCUCGCGGCUCCAGGCUGCCCACGGCGGCUGCAGCGGACGCGCGGCUCCAAACCUUAGCGCUCCGGGAAGCCGGAGCGUCUCGGAGGUGGCGACGGCGGUGGCGGGGGCCGCCUGCCCGGGUUCCCCGCACCCACAGUGCUGCGUCCCGCUCGCCGCGCCCCGGUGGCCGUGACCUUCCAGCGGGCGCCUACCUCGGCCCCAAGCCCCCGGUCCCGCGCCCCAGGCCAGGGCGAGGCCCUUUCCAGCGCCCGCUUCUCGUGGAGCCGCGGGCGGGCGCGCAGGCCCGGGGAGAGGGUCACUGCGAGCCGGUACCGCUAGUCUUGCACUCGCUCGCUGCGCUCGGUACCGGGGCCCGCUGAGCUGCCCCCUGCCUUGCUGCUGCUCCCAAGCCGGGGCGCCUGGAGCCGGGGGCGCGGCCGCACUCGUCUCGCCGGGCGGGUUGCAGGCAGGCCCUGCCCUGAAGGGACUAAGCGACUAGGAGCGCGGGAGGUGGAACUGGUAGGGCGGGCGGCCGCUCAGCGUUUCUUCCUGGCGUUGGUUCCCGGGACCCAACCUAGGGCGGCCCCAGUCCCCUGCCCAUGCGAGGCGCCCUGGGCUUGGUAGAUUCCUGGAGUGAAACAGCUCCCGGCAGCUGCCCAGGAGGAGGAGAAAGAGGGGAUUAGUGCUUAGUGGGGCUACGGACCUUUCCUGUAGCUUUUGGAGCCUAAGGCUGUCCCGAAGUCUGCGCUUGGGACCGACGGUUGGGUUAAAACAGCACCUGCUGGGAUGCCGAUCCGGACCCCCUUCAUUUCAUAGGCGUCAGUGUCACCACGCCAUUCAGCUCUUCCGGAGUGUUCCUCUGCUUGGGGGUAGUCGAGGCCAAGGGCAUGACAUCAUAGCGCUCUAGCAGAGACUGCUUGGAAUUUCUCUGGAACUUCAGGGGAAGAAAGUCCUGCAUCCUCUGCUUAGCCAUGUGAGUUUGGAAAGUAUUAUGAGGGAUGCUGAGGACUUUAUGCUUUGGAAAGAGACACGGCUCUGGAAUUAGAAAUUGCCACUUCUGAGAGGAUGCUGGGAAUCUGCAGAGGGAGACGGAAAUUCUUGGCUGCCUCUUUGACUCUGCUCUGCAUCCCAGCCAUCACCUGGAUUUACUUGUUUUCUGGGAGCUUUGAAGAUGGUAAGCCUGUGUCUCUGUCUCCCCUGGAGUCCCAAGCACACAGUCCCAGGUACACUGCCUCCAGCCAGCGGGAGCGGGAGAACCUGGAGGUUCGUGUGCGAGAGGUGGAAGAGGAAAACCGUUCUCUGCGCAGGCAGCUCAGCCUGGCCCAGGGUCAGGGCCCUGCUCACCGCCGUGGGAACCACUCCAAGACCUACUCCAUGGAAGAGGGAACAGGGGACAGUGAGAAUCUGCGGGCUGGCAUCGUGGCAGGCAACAGCUCUGAAUGUGGGCAGCAGCCAGCUGUGGAGAAGUGUGAGACCAUCCACGUGGCCAUUGUCUGUGCCGGAUACAAUGCCAGCAGGGAUGUUGUUACCCUGGUCAAGUCAGUCCUCUUUCACAGGCGGAACCCUUUGCACUUCCACCUCAUCGCUGAUUCUAUUGCGGAACAGAUCCUGGCUACACUCUUCCAGACCUGGAUGGUACCGGCUGUGCGUGUGGACUUCUAUAAUGCUGAUGAGCUCAAGUCUGAAGUGUCCUGGAUCCCCAACAAACAUUACUCUGGGAUUUAUGGCCUGAUGAAGCUGGUUCUGACCAAGACUCUACCUGCCAACCUGGAGAGAGUCAUUGUCCUAGACACUGACAUUACCUUUGCAACUGACAUUGCAGAGCUAUGGGCCGUGUUCCAUAAGUUCAAAGGGCAACAGGUCCUGGGCUUGGUAGAGAACCAGAGUGACUGGUAUCUUGGAAAUCUCUGGAAAAAUCACCGUCCAUGGCCAGCCCUUGGAAGGGGCUACAACACAGGAGUCAUACUCCUGCUUCUGGAUAAGCUGCGCAAGAUGAAAUGGGAACAGAUGUGGAGGCUGACAGCUGAGAGGGAGCUCAUGGGCAUGCUGUCUACCUCCUUAGCUGACCAGGAUAUUUUCAAUGCUGUCAUCAAACAAAACCCCUUCCUGGUGUAUCAGCUCCCCUGCUUCUGGAAUGUACAGCUAUCAGACCACACUCGCUCUGAGCAGUGCUACAGAGAUGUGUCUGAUUUAAAGGUCAUCCACUGGAACUCCCCUAAGAAGCUCCGAGUGAAGAACAAACAUGUGGAAUUCUUCCGCAACCUCUACCUGACUUUCCUGGAGUAUGAUGGCAACCUCCUACGGCGGGAGCUGUUUGGCUGCCCCAGCGAGACUGAUGUCAACAGUGAAAAUCUUCAGAAGCAGCUGUCAGAGCUGGAUGAGGAUGACUUGUGUUAUGAGUUCCGGCGAGAACGCUUCACUGUCCACCGAACCCACCUAUACUUCCUGCACUAUGAGUUCGAGCCUGCUGCUGACAACACGGACGUUACCCUGGUUGCUCAGCUCUCCAUGGACAGACUCCAGAUGCUAGAGGCCAUCUGUAAGCACUGGGAGGGGCCCAUCAGCUUGGCCCUCUACCUGUCCGACGCCGAAGCUCAGCAGUUCCUCCGCUACGCCCAGGGAUCCGAGGUGCUCAUGAGCCGCCACAAUGUGGGCUACCACAUUGUGUACAAGGAGGGUCAGUUCUAUCCUGUCAACCUCCUACGCAACGUGGCUAUGAAGCACAUCAGCACACCCUACAUGUUCCUAUCUGACAUUGACUUCCUGCCCAUGUAUGGGCUCUAUGAGUACCUCAGGAAGUCUGUCAUCCAGCUUGACCUUGCCAACACCAAGAAAGCAAUGAUUGUCCCCGCAUUUGAGACACUGCGCUACCGACUCUCUUUCCCCAAGUCAAAAGCAGAGCUGCUGUCAAUGUUGGACAUGGGGACUCUAUUCACAUUCAGGUAUCACGUCUGGACUAAAGGCCAUGCACCCACAAACUUUGCCAAGUGGCGGACUGCCACCAUGCCUUACCAGGUUGAGUGGGAGGCUGAUUUUGAGCCGUAUGUUGUUGUGAGACGAGACUGCCCUGAGUACGAUCGGAGAUUUGUGGGCUUUGGCUGGAACAAAGUGGCUCACAUCAUGGAAUUGGAUGCACAAGAGUAUGAGUUCACCGUGUUGCCCAAUGCCUACAUGAUCCACAUGCCCCAUGCCCCCAGUUUCGACAUCACUAAGUUCCGUUCCAACAAGCAAUACCGCAUCUGUCUCAAAACCCUGAAGGAAGAGUUUCAACAGGACAUGUCCCGACGCUAUGGCUUUGCUGCCCUGAAAUAUCUCACGGCUGAGAACAACAGCUAGCACUUUGAAGGCCACUACUAGGGAGAGACUUGCUACAGGGGAAGAACUGCUUGCUGCCUGGAGCCCAGCCUUUGAAGACAAAAUCCAUCACUGCUUUUCGUUGGUUUGUUUCCCUUUGUCUCUUUGGCCCCACAAAGCUGCUCUUGUCUGAGAUCUUGGACAGGGACCCAGUCCACCACCAUGAGGUGCUUCCAGAAUGGGACACAGAAGGGUGGAAGCAAAUGAAGAGUUAACAAAUUACCACAAAGCCACAGACCAAGUCAGGGUUUCUGGAUGCUCUCCCCGCUUUUUAAUAAUUAUGGUUCAAAUCCUAGCUCUGGAAAAAGAACAGGACAUGGGUGCUGUUCUAGGGGUUAAUCACUCCAAGAAAUGAGAGCAAGCUAUUUCUUCGUAGGAAGAGAAUUUUAUUUCUCCUGCCACCUAGCUAGGUACCCAAGUGGAGAGCAAUCCAAGGACCCAAACAACCAUCUGGAGACCUGCAUGGGGACAUCACAUAUGCAGGGACCUGGAAGUAGGGUGAAUUGGUUCUUUAUUCUCAAAGUCUUUCUUGUUUUAUUUUGAGUUGUUUGAAUUUGGGGGAUUUUAUUCAUUUUGAUCUAGGAUUCCAAACUUAAAAAAAUAUCUAAUCCUUAAAGCUCUAAGAGAAAAAUCAGCUCCCUCAGCCAACAUCCCUCAGUCAGCAGUGGCCCAGCAAAGAUGAGCAUCCUCAGAGAAUGUUCAUAUAUGGGAGCUUCCUUCAGGAUGAACACUGAGACCUCCUGAUACUGAGUUCCCACUCUCCAGAUCCAGGACUAUGACAGAGACUAUGGAAAUAUAAGGCCAAACACUGUAUGCAAGUCACAUUUUCUAUGGACUGACCAAGUCACAAGGAAAGGGUUUCAAGGAACUACUUCAGUACUCACAAAAGCUAUGAUCCCGCUCUCAGGCCUUUAGAAGAACUUGAACAGUUCACAGAAGCCCAAUCUGAAGACUCAAGUGACCACAUGGAAGCCACUAGAAGAAAGGGGUCAGGCACCUCCCUGUUGGAAACAGGGUAGUUGGUGACCUUAGUUUCCCCUCAGGACUUGUUCUAGGGUUGGUAAGCACCUCUUCAUUUUGCAGAUGGAGAAAACACUGAACUUUUUACACAUUUUCUUUAUUCUUCACUAUUAAUGUUGUGUUUACAUUGAUGAGAACAAGAGUUAAUGGCCUACCCACUGCUGGGCUGUUUGUAUUGAGUUGCCAUGUGAACAGCGAAAGCUGCAUUCAAUAAACGAAAGUACAGACUGUU